AUCGAACCCUGGUCUCCCGCAUUGUAGGCAUAUGCUUUUACCAUCUGAGCCACCAGGGAUACCCCAAGGUAAUAUUUACUCAUAUUCAUUCCAUUCAGUCUGCCUGUGAUACAGGAUACCGGGGUUCCAUCCCUGGGUGGGGGAAGAUCCCCUGGAGAAGGGAAUGGCUACCCAGUCCAGUAUUCUUGCCUAGGAAAUCCUAUGGACAAGGAGUCUAUUGGGCUGCUGUCAAUGGGGUCACAAAGAGUUGGACACUUUGUGUCUAACACUUUCAUUCUAUUCAAGAGAUAACCAUUGUUAACAUUUUGUGAUCUGCGUGUGUUUGUUUUGUGAUUGUGUGUGCAUACCACGUGAUCUCAGGAUCUUGCAUUUAACAAUGUUGUAUACUUUUAUACAUGGGAGUCGGUGAGGGACGGGGAAGCCUGGCGUGCUACAGUCCGUGGGGUCGCAAAGAGUUGGACAUGACUGAGCGGCUGAACUGAACUGAUUGUUUUGUAUUGGUUAAAAGCUUGGGCAGAGGAGUCACAUUGGCUUUGAAUCCUACCUAUGUGACUUGGAUAAAUUAAUCUCAUUAAGUCUCAGUUUAUUCAUCUGUGAAAGGGGGUGAUGAUAACACCUUCAUAAGGCUGUUGUGAUUAAAUGAGGAACUGCACAUGAAGCCUCAUAUGUGGUCUUUGUAUAAUAUUUUCCUUUAAAGAUUUUUAAUAUUCUCGAUGUUAAUUUUUUUCAGUGUGAAUGAGUGCUUGACUUAGCAUGUAUUAAUAAUACUAGUAAGUAUUUGAGUACAGAUAAAAUAUAAUAAUUACCUUCGUGGGGCAAAUAAAUAUUUUUGUGGCAGUAAAAAAUAAGCAGUAUAUUCACAGAAAGUUUCAGCAGCUUGAUGUUAGUCUAGUCUCUGCCAUUGAGCUCUUGAGUUGGUAAAUGUAAAGAAGUGGUAAGUAAGUACACCAGUGGGCAAAGAAGGUGGCUUUUCUUCUAGCUCUUUUUAAACUUGAAGCUAUAUGCGUGCAGGUGUGUGUGUUGAAUGGCUUUGAAAAGCUGAAUAGUCUGUGGCUGAUUUGGUAGGCUCACCUUGGGAAGGUAGGAUGCUUAUCUGAGUGAUGGUAGGGUUUGCUGAAGCGUGUGCCGCUUCGUUCAUUUAUCACAUCGGCUUCUUUAGUGGUAGCUCUAGAGUUUGGGAAAGAUCAAAGGCAGGAGGAGAAGUGGUCAACAGAGGACAAGAUGGUUGAAUGGCAUCACCGACUCAAUGGACAUGAGUUUGAGCAAACUCUGGGAGAUGGGGAAGGACAGAGAAGCCUGGCGUGCUGCAGUCCAUGGGGUCACAAAGAGUUGGACACAGCUGAGCAACUGAAAAACAACUGGGCCUUGUAAGAAAAAGAUACUUUGUUUGCCCUUGAGGAGUUUUUAGUCUAGUGGAGAAGAAAAAUAAAGUUGACAUUUACAACAUUGAAGGAGGAGGGAUAGUUUAGCUUGGAGGAAGGAAAGCUUAUUUACUCUGGCCUGGGGCAAAAAGUAAGGAUUUUCCAGGGGGGUGGGUUUCUGCCCAGAGCAAAUAGGAGGAGUUAGAUAGGCAUUCCAGGAGGUGGGACCUGACUAAGGAGUAUUCUGUAUUGCAAAUUGUAGGAAUUGGGGGAGUAGGAAUCUGUAAUGGGAGAGGGAGUGGUUGCCUUGGUUAGGUCUUAAGGAGUCUGUACUUAAGAGGUUUGGAUUUCUCAUACAUUUAUGUAGGCCUUUGGCCAAAUUAUUUGCAUUUUAGAGGAUUCAGAUCGUAAAAAAGUGGAACAAAGGAGGGCAAGUGGACAGCUGCUGAGAAGAGAUUGAAGGUUUGGACUACCGUGAUGGCAAUGGCAAUGGGCUUGGAGAGAAGUCAGUGGAGAGGCUGGUUACAGAGACAAUCUGCUUCAUCUUGAUUCUGCAGCAUUCCAAACUGUGGUAUCCUUGGGGUUCUCUUAACAUUGCUAUGGUGCAGAAGAUUUAAAAUCAGCCCCAAACUGUGCAAGCAGCGGCGACUCAACGGCUACGCUUUCUGUAUCAGACACGUUCUGGAGGACAAGACUGCCCCCUUCAAGCAAUGUGAAUAUGUGGCCAAGUAUAACAGCCAGCGCUGCACCAACCCCAUUCCUAAAUCGGAGGACCGCAGUUCUCCAGCAACCAUGUUGAUCAUUGUAGGAUAUUACAGAGAGAUGCAUGCUUCUUUUCCUGAAAGUUUCAAAUACUUGUCUUUAGGUACUGCAACAGCCACUUGCAGGUACUUGGCUUUAUCCCGAAAAAAGAGAGGAAGAAAAAGAAUGACCCUAUAGAUGAGGUCAAGGUCAGGCACCAGAUGGAUACCAUGGCCUUUAGCCUGACAGUGCCCACGCUGGCCUUGAAGAUGCCCAAUGGACUGGAUGGAAUGUCCCUCUCUCCACCAGGGGCAAGGGUCCCUGUCCACUACCUGGAAACCGAGUUGGAAGACCCCUUUGCUUUCAACGAGGAAGAUGAUGACCUAAAGAAAGGGGCAACUGUGAGAAAGAAGUUGCAGAGCAAGUUGGCCCAGAAUCGGCAGCGCCAGAGAGAGACAGAGAUUUUAAAAGUUCGACAAGAGCACUUUAGUCCCCCUCCUGCCCCUUCUCAGCAGCAGCCUCCGCAGCAGCACUCCCACCUGUCACCUUUACCCACUUUAAAACCUCCAGCGCCACCGCAGGGUGUAGUCUGCAAGUCACCUCAACCUCAGAACACCAGCCUACCAAUGCAGGGAGUGGCCCCCACCACACACACUAUAGCACAAGCAAGGCAGUUGUCUCACAAGAGGCCUCUGCCCCUCCUGCCAUCCAGUAGGGCUCCCGCCGUGGACCCGCCCAGGACUGACCGGGUCCUUAUGAAAGCCACAGCCUUCUCUCCACACUUCUCUUGUAUAAGUCGACUGCAGAGACUGGUGAAACUGUGCACCCAAAAACAUCAGUUGGACACUGAUCUGUUUCCCCAUUUAGGGUUGGACUGGUCUGAAGAGAGUGGAGAAGAACUUGAGGACUCAGAGCAGGCCUCGCCAUACCAGGUGGCCUGGUCCAUCCGAGAGACCCUCAGAUACGAAAGACACACGUCGGAUGAUGAUGACACGGAGAGUAGGAGCUCCAGGGUGACCCAACUUUGCACUUACUUUCAGCAGAAAUAUAAGCACCUCUGCCGCCUGGAGCGGGCAGAAUCUCGUCAAAAGAAAUGCCGGCACACAUUGAGGAAGGCCUUGCUGCAGGCGGCUAGUAGAGAACCAGAGUGUGCUGGCCAGCUGAUCCAGGAGCUGCAGAGAGCUGCAUGCAGUCGAGCCAGCGUAAGUCGGACCACGUUGAAGGAGAUGGAAGCGGCAGCAUGCAGCGGGACCGUGAAGGGCGAACAGUGCACCAACAAAGCCCUUCCAUUCACCAGACACUGCUUCCAACAUAUCCUCUUAAACCGCUCUCAGCAACUCUUCUCAAGUUGCACAGCCAAGUUCGCAGAUGGACAGCAGUGUUCUGUGCCUGUCUUUGACAUUACACACCAGACACCUCUGUGUGAAGAACAUGCCAAAAAAAUGGAUAAUUUCUUGAGAGGAGAUAGCUCCCGUAAAGUUCAGCACCAGCAGCAGAGGAAACCCAGGAAAAAAACCAAGCCUCCUGCACUUACCAAAAAACACAAGAAGAAGAGAAGGCGUGGACCUCGUCGACCCCAGAAGCCCAUCCCCCCUGCAGUCCCCCAGGGGAACCUCAGCAUGCCCACCAGCGUCUCACUGCCAGUGGAGGCCUCCCACAUGCGGAGCCCGUCCACACCGGAGCUGAGCGCUGAUGAGUUGCCGGAUGACAUUGCCAAUGAGAUCACCGACAUUCCACACGACUUGGAAUUGAACCAGGAGGACUUCUCUGAUGUCCUUCCGAGGCUACCUGAUGACUUACAAGAUUUCGAUUUUUUUGAAGCUCUUGUUUACCCAGGAAAGAACGGAGACCUCCUCCCCACCACCGAAGAGGCCGAGGAACUUGAACGGGCCUUGCAGGCCGUGACUUCUCUCGAGUGCCUGAGUACCAUUGGGGUGCUCACCCAGUCAGAUGGUGUGCCCGUCCAGGAGCUGUCAGACAGAGGAAUAGGGGUUUUCUCCACAGGGACAGGAGCGUCGGGGAUCCCGUCCUUGAGCCGAGAGGUCAACACGGACCUGGGGGAGCUGCUGAAUGGGCGUAUAGUCCAUGACAACUUCUCUAGCCUAGAGCUGGAUGAGAGCCUGCUCCGUUCAGCUACCUUGUCUAACCCACCUACACCCCUGGCAGGGCAGAUCCAGGGGCAGUUCUCUGCCCCCGCCAGCGUCGGCCUUACUUCUGCCACUCUGAUGAGCCAGAGUGCCCUUGGGGAGAGAGCCUUCCCAGGACAGUUUCAUGGACUUCAUGAUGGCAGCCAUGCCUCCCAGAGGCCACAUCCUGCCCAGCUGCUGAGCAAGGCAGAUGACCUAAUCACCUCACGACAGCAAUACAGCAGUGAUCACUCACACUCCUCGCCCCAUGGAAGCCAUUAUGACAGCGAGCACGUGCCGUCUCCCUACAGUGACCACAUCACCUCUCCCCACACGACAUCUUACUCUGGUGAUAACAUGGCAGCUACCUUCUCAGCAGAGAUGCCCGUCAUGGCGCAGCACUUGCUCCCGACGCCACUUGAGGUGCCACUCGGAGGGGUCGUGAACCCCAGAACUCACUGGGGCAAUCUCCCCGUCAACCUUGGAGACCCCUCUCCGUUCAGCAACCUUCUCGUCGCCGAUGGGCAUCUUCUUUCCACGUCCCUCUCCACGCCGCCCACCACUUCGAACUCAGAGACCACACAGCCUGCCUUCGCCACCGUGACCCCCAGCAGCUCCAGUGUGCUCCCGGGGUUACCGCAGACCAGCUUCAGUGGCAUGGGGCCUUCCGCUGAACUGCUGGCCUCCACCUCCCCCAAGCAGCAACUCCCUCAGUUCAGCGCAGCCUUCGGCCACCAGCUGAGUUCUCACAGUGGCAUUCCCAAGGACCUGCAGCCCAGCCACAGCUCGAUAGCGCCUCCCACAGGCUUCACAGUAACAGGUGCCACAGCUACAAGUACCAAUAACGCAUCUUCUCCCUUUACCUCCCCUAACUGAGCGUGUCUGUGUGUUUGCAGGCAGGUGGGGAACCUGGUGUUUUCUAUCUUCUUUUCCCUUUUAUCACCCACCCCCUCUCCCCCUUUUCCUAAAGAAGAUUUUAAAAACAACAGACGGGGACUAGAGGAGAACUCCCCUUUUCCAGUUAAACAAGUUCCCCCUGCGGUGGACCUCGCUUCAGUGUUCACAUGUGCUCCUUGGCACUGGUGCUCGUUCCCUCCUGGCGGGUCCACCCUCCCCCCAAUGGUUUCCUUAGCGGCUCAGCACAGUGACUGGAUAGAAUCGACUUUCAGCAGCAAGUCCUAGAAGUGGAAGAUACCUCAGAUUACCAGUGCCCUUUACUAUUUCCUAGUAUCGCAGAUCAAUGCUUUCCAUUCUAAUACCAGGUCUUUACACAGGUGGUUCUAGCUAGAAUGAGCCUGUUCAUCGAGUUCUGUGUAAGAGAUGGCAAAUGGUGUGCAGAGGCAGAUUCAAGCCUCUGUCUUAGCACCAACUGCUCAGCAAACACCACAUGAGGCCAGGAUUCCAUUCCUAAUUGUGAUCAUGUUUAAUUAAAAAGAAAAAGAAUUAGUCUUUUGACUGCCUGUGUGUAUGUGUGCACCCACGCGUGUAUUUCUGUGCAGGGCAGGAAGCAGCUGUCCCAUUGUUUUGUAUUUUGUUUUCUUUCUUAUUUCCUAAUAAGUAGAAGUCUCUUCUCCUUUCCCACAUCUCAGAGCCCUAAUAAGGUUGGUCAUUCUUUCCCACUGAGUUAGCCGACCUUGGUGAAUGGAGAAGGGUGGCGGUUUGGCGGCGUGAGUAGCACAACCCUUUUCUGCUAAGUUAGCCCAGAACACACAAAGCUGAAUUCACAUCAGUGCCCGGCGGAUGUGGUGAAGAGCUUGGCCAGAGGGACUGCAGGGGUUGCUGCGAUUCUGAGGUCUGAUGCUUGGUUGUAAUGCCUUUUUAGACACGCAUUUGUUUCUGAAUCCCUCUUCCAUGGAAUAUAUUCGCAAGAUGUAAUUAAAGAAAAUAUUUUGAUGUGAAAAGCAGGAUAGUUCAAGAUUGGUUUGGAGAGAUGGGAUCUGUGAACUCCUUGAUCCAUCUUUUGCUUUGGGAUUUUUCAUGUUUACAGUAGUGAUUCUUCGGUAAAGUUUGUAAAAUGUCGAUGACACUUGUAGAAUCAAUGUACCAGUUGUGAAGUGACAUGUAACAUCUGAAGGAUACACAUUUUAAAAUUUUCUUUCAAAGCAAAAUAUGGAAAUUAGACAUAAAUCUUACUCACCCUUUGGUACUUUUAAAAUAAUUUUAAGUAUUUAGGUUUAAGUUUGGGGAAUUUUUUUGAAAUACCAGAUCUUGAAGGUUAAAAAUCAUAUUGGAUAGUUUAGUAAGUUGGUGACUAUGAAAUGAAUAUGUGAGGUUUCUUUUUAACCUGCCUUCUCCCUGACCCCCCACCCUCCGCCCAAGGGUGGAACUAGAUUUUAAAGGCAUCUGUUCUCUGCUUUUGCUGAGAAGUUUCACUGUCCCUUGAGAUACCAUUGGCUAUUUAUACCUGAAUCUAGUCUAAUUUACAUAUAUAUAUUUUAAAAGACGCGUAGAGAGAACAUAUCUAUUAAUGAUGUGAUAUAAUAAUUCAUUUGUCAGGGAAUAUUUGAUCUUAAUUCCUUUUCAAUAGGUAAAGAUUUGGAUGUAUUUUCCUACUUCCUCUAUGUAUUUCUCUUUAUGCCAUGCUAAUGCUAACCAGUCCCUUCUUUUGAAAGCUUUUCUUUCUCUGCUUUUUAAAGGAAUGAUGGUGAUCAGCAGGCUUUAUGCAGAUACCACGUGCCUGAGAUUAUGGAGGGGAAAUGUCACAUUACUGUAUGAAAUCAUGAUACGCCCUAUUUUGUAUUUAUUGAAGUUUUCUUUUUGUGGGCCAAAAAUAUGUUUGUAAUAUAUUUAGGUUUUUUUUAAUCAUGAUAAUUGAUUGGAAGAUUUAUUUUUUAAUAGCUUUGCCUUUUUUGCAGAUUGAGAAAUUUCUAAAUUAUAAAAUUAUGUCACAAAGCAAAAUUAUAUUUGGUAGCACCGUAAAUUUUUAUUCUGAAUGGUGAGAACAGAUAAUCUGAGUAUUUCUCACCUGUGAACCUAUGUUAGUAAGCUUUUUAAUUUUAAUGUACUGUAAUGAAAUGAUUAUGAGUAGUUACCUCUGCUCAAAAGCGUCAUUUAGUUCACUGAACUCUUCACAUCCCAUUAUAACCAUCACAUGCUAAUUGUCCAUUCUUAGUGAUUCGAUUCCGUCUCCACUGUGUACUAAUCACAGGUUGUAGCAGAGCAGCCCGUUGACUUUCUUUUCUACUGAACUAAAAGUGGUACAUACACAUUGACUUUCUUAUCAGCCCUUCUUUGACAGUGAAGGGAAAGUCAUGGGAUGUCGAUUUGAAUUUUUCUGGCAAUUUGUCCCUUGUGGUAGCUGCUUAAAAUUCUUCAGUUAUGGAAACUGAGUUUGCAGUAAGUUGCACAUUUUAUUGUUUGCAAUUUUCUGUUUUCUGUGCAUUUUUAAGCCCUUUCCUGCUUUCUGGUAAGGAGGCAUGAAAUGAUCAGGAAUGUUGCCAGUUACAGCUUCACACCAAAAACUUUUGAGUAAAUUCGUUUUUGUGUAGAUGCCCACCAUAAAUAGCUGAAGAAAGGGCACCCGUAGAAAGUACCUGUGUAGAUUUAAGAAAGUAGCAAAAAAACAAAUUUUUCUUCUCAUUUUAUCUACUUCAAAAUAAAUAUCCAUGCUUGCGAUUCACUUUACUCUUGCUGUUUCUUGUGAGUCCCUUUUUGGAAAGAGAAGAACAUCUGUGAACCCAGAGAUAACCGUUAGGUUGCUGUUUUAGCUAAUGGAGCAAUUUUAGUCUCUUAGUAGCAGGUUUGCUAUUAACAUGGAAAGAAAGGAAUGAAGUAUCUUUUACUCCAGAAAUAUGAAAAUUAGUGUCUUUGAAAUAGCACUCAAUGCUCCAAUAAGGCAAUACUGGAAUCAGAAACAAAUUUGUUAUAAGGUUCUAUCUAAUUACAUGGAUACUAGCUUUCAUUUUAGUGUUAAAACUCAACUCAUGAGAAAUAGUGGCAAAGAAGGUUCACUCUGUUUCUGCAGUUCUUUGGGACCAUUUAUAAAGGCCAGUUAGAUUGUGUUAAUGUGAUUCAAUUUACAAAGUUGCUGCAGUUAAUGGAUACAUUCUGUGCUCUGAAAAUCUGAAUUCCAUGCUAAUGUAUAAUGCUCACUGGCUGUGAUCUAUAGCAUCCGAAGGAAAGAUGUGUUUUUCUCCUUUACACUCUCUACAUAACUGUUAAUAUUAUUUUAGUUAAAGUACUUAAGACAUUGAUUUUCCCCUGUAAAAAUGGCUUAGCAAUUUGCACAUCUGGGUAGAUUAUGUAGUUAGUAAACAAUCCACAGUAGUAAGUAGCAAUUACAUUUAACCCACCAAGUGACAGACUAUGCAAUGGAAAAUUUUUCUAAUUAUCACCACAUAGCUUAUAUGGCAAAGGAUUCUUUUCUCUAGUAACCUACCACGUGAACUAGAACUGUCUCAUAAAUGACUUCCUGAGCAAUUUCAUGUUGGCAGGCAGUGUGAUGUGCCUAGAGUCCCUCCAUGAAAAGAGUAUAAUUUAAUGAGAAGCAAAUAGUAGGUACGGACAUAAAGUUGGAAAAAAAUUUUUCUUUUCCUUAAAAUCAUAGUUACUGUCUUGAGUGGUUUAAGGCUAAAAAAAGCGAAUACUUUAUCUUUGCCAAAUAAUUAUCUAUAAGAUUUAUUUCUUAAAUAAGCCUAAUCUCUCAACUGCAAGUUAAGCAGCAUCAUUUUCUGUGACUAACACUAAAGCUUUUCCUUAUCAGAGGUCGUUUGGUCCAUGAUUGUAAUCCACAGAGGCAAAGACAGUGUCCAUGAUACACACAGCUGCCCUAGGUGUGUGAUUUUCUUCUUACCUGAAAAAAAUAUUUCUGUUGAUCCAUACUACUGGGCUUUUAUCAUUUGGCAGUAGAAUUUGAGCCUGUGUAGGUCACACCCAUCCUGUAAGUUCACUGAUACUUGCCUGCAGUCCUUCCUGUGCCCCUGCCUUGUGGGGCUGGUAAUGGUGGUGGUAGCUUCAUCCGCAGUGUUUGUGGGAGGCAAGUUGCUUUUUCUCCAAGUUAGUUCAAAAGGUUGCUGUGGUUUGGUAUUGCAAAGAGCUGAGGCUAUUAAUAACACUAAACUAUCAUUUCAAGCUAAUAGGUUUGAAAUUCAUUUAAAAUUUGUUUAGGUAUUUAGUUUCUGGUUUCUUCAUCCUCUUUCUUUUUAGCCUUCUUUUAACACUCUUAUUAAAUUCUGUUUUUAAUCUGGUGCAUAUAGAAUAAUGCAGUGGUUGUUUAAAUGGUCAACAGAAUUCUGCAGUUUAAUGAGGCAAUUUAAAGGAUUCCCUGGAAGAAAGUGUAGUCAGUCUGAAUGUUUCAUCGCAGACAGCUACAUUGCUCCAAGGACUUUUUUUCCUGCCGAGAAUUAUAUUUCUUGGAGAAAGGUGAGUGUGGGAAUAUAUAUUGGACAGAACAUAGAUUUUGUUUCCCCCCCCUCCCCCAAUACAUUGAAAACAACUGAAUUUUAAUGGGCAUUCUAUAGAAAAGUAAAACAAUAUAGUGACUGCUUAAUACCUUGAACUUUAUAAAGAUUUCUAAUAUCAUAUAUUGAAGUGAAGUGAAGUCGUUCAAUCGUGUCCAAGUCUUUGCCACCCCGUGGACUGUAGCCUACCAGGCUGCUCCAUCCAUGGAAUUCUCCAGGCAAGAAUACUGGAGUGGGUUGCCAUUUCCUUAGCUCCAGGGGAUCUUCCUGACCCAGGGUUCAAACCCAGGUCUCCCGCAUUGCAGGCAGAUGCUUUACCUUCUGAGCCACCAGGGAAGCCCAAUAUCAUAUUGGAGGGACACAAAAUCCAUGUUUAGUUAAUUAAAGCAACUUUUUUUUUUUAUGAUACUGUCUUUCAAAAGAUGUGUAAUAAGAGAUCAGUGAAGAAUAUAUUUGAAUAUCUCAAGUGUUUUUUUCUGAUCAGUGAGUUAGGAAAGAAAACAUGAAACAUAAAUGAGUAAUUGUCUCUUCUAGUAACCAGUGUCAUUAAUGCAAAAAUUGUGGGUCAAACUUAGCCUUAUUUCUAAAUAGCAAAAAUUCUCUCUUUUUACUCCUACUCUGAUUUUUUGUUAGCUUCCCUCUCUCUGCACUGUGAUACAGAGCAAAUAAAAGGAAACGUGGCAUUUGAGAGAGAGUGAAAGAGCAAAUGUGGGAUGACUUUUUUCCCCACCCCAGGUUCCCAAAGCUUGGGAAUGUUUGGCUACUUUGAAUGACAGCGUUGUGGUGGUCUCAAGUGCAGUCUGGGAAAACAGUCUUCUAAGAGAAAACCUGUCUCACUCUUAGCAAAGUAGGGGAGCACAGCUUUCCUUCCGUUUUUCCCUUCUGCCUGCUUGCUCAGCCCACCCCCAGCACUGAAGUGUGUGUACACACACACAUGCAUGAUCUGUACUGCUCUUGGCCCAAGAGAACCUUUUAUUUCACUUGGUUCUAUUUUUUUAAGCUGGGGGCCACUGAAGUAAGCUCUAUAUGCACCCAAAGUUCCCCAUGGAAAACUUUUCAACAUGCAGUGCAGAAGGCUCCAAUGCAGUUUAAACUCCACCCUUGCUUUUACUUGGAGAAUAGACUGAUUUGCCCUGACAUGGCUCCACCCUGCGUCAUUGAAGUACGGUUGGCUCCAGCUGAUGAGCCUGGAAGGGAUGGGAAAGUUUGGUACUUAGGACGUUGUCUUCAUCUGCUCGGAAGGGUUGAAUCAGUUCCUCUCAACAGUGAUAAUUCUUUUCACUGUAUAGUGUUGAGUAUGUCUCAGGGAUUCCUUGUGGAAAUUAGGGCAGUUUUUAAAAUAAGAAAUUAGUUUUAAAAGCAACUAAAGGUGACUCAUCAUUGAGAGAGCGCAGGAAAGAGAAAACGUUUGGUUCGUAGCCCAUGGUGUCUUGCUUGGGACGCUUCUCCUCCUUCAGGCUCUCAUCUCAGCCUCAGCAUACAGAAUCCUUUCCCACCACGCACAGCUUUAAAACUUUUAUUUAAAAAUUUCCUUCCCCAAUGAGCUUUCAGAAUACUUAUUGUAGAUUUUAAGAGAAAAGGUAUAUUAAUUUAUGCUAUUAACAUCACCUCAUAAAUUAUAAGUUUUAUACUAAAGCUGUAUUGAGUGUAAUGAAUUAUGUUGCCUAUGUGUUUAAUAGCUAAAAAAUUAUAUAUGAGCUUUUUUUUUUUUUUUUUGACAAAACAAACUAGUGAAGCACCUUUUUACACUGGAUCUCUGCCGUGUCAAGGUGUAUAGCUAUCCUUUGCUACCUUGCAGAUAUAUAAACUAGAAGGAUAUCCUGGGGCCUCAAAAUGUAGAACACCUUUAGACCAUUUAUUACUGCUCAUAGAACCGUUGAGAAAUCACGUUUCCUUAGUAAAUGAUCUGUGGUUUACACUUAAGAUGGCUAGAAGCUUAGUUACAGGGUAAAUAGAAAUACAUAGAUCAAGUAAAAACUCCCAACUACUGUAGCUGGAAUUUGUAAAUUAAGUUUUUAAGACCUCUUUUAUUUCCUAUGGAUUUAUUCUUUUAAUUACAGUUUAUUCUGUAAGUUGGGAAGUAAAAUAGGAAAAAUAAUAAAUCUAGAUGUUCUCAGUGUCUUAUUCAGGAACUUUGUAUCCCUCCUCACUAAGGAAUUCCCACUGUGACUUAAAAAUAGAAUUAAAGUACUUGUGUGCAUGUAUUUGUCUGUGUUUUUACACACAUGCAAAAAUAUACAUUGGGGGCACGUGUAUGAGAGAGAUGAAUGUGUGCUUACGUAAAAAGAGAAAGGCAACAGAAUGUAUGGUAGAAAUAUGAUUUAUUUAGUAGAGGGCGUUGGAGUUCCUUUCUCAUUGUCUCUGUUGUAUAAAUACACCAAAUUCUUGAUUGUGUUAUGUUAAAAGGCUAGCUCUGAUAUCAUGUGCAUUUUAUUUCAAGCUUUUGAUUAGCUUAUGCUAUGUUUUUAAAAUAACACAAAAAACAGCAGGUUCUAAGACCAGCCUCUUGCUUUUGAGUGUAAAAAUAAGAGAAAAACAGACCUGGACAUGAGCUGUGUUUAUCUAUUGGGGUGGUGGGACCAGAGAUCAGUUGAACCGUUUUUAUGUUAAUAAUAGAUUUCUUCAUAUUCUGAGUUAUAAAAUAUUAUUGAUCACCUUUUCUUGGUGAAAUAAAGAAAAGUAGAGGCCUUUUGUAAAGAAUGCCAUUUUUAAAGGGGCUCCUUUGUUUAAAGAGUUGGUGGGAUCAUUUCACCAUGCACAUUUCAAAGCUGGGUUGAUUUCAGUUAUUUCCAGAUUUUUUUUUUUUUUUAAUUACUCAGUUGUGUUGUUAUUUAUGAAGUUAGCAUGCCCCCAAACCACCAUAUUUUGGCUAUAGGAAAAUUAUGAUACCCUUGAGUUUUUACCUGGUUUAUAUGCAAUUUUUAAAAAAUGCAUUCCUGUAUUUUGAGUUUUGUCAUUUUGCUAUACAUUCAUUACUGAAGUGUCUGGUGGUCUAAAAUAGUCAAAGCUAGAGUUUUAUUAAAUGCUCCAGUCACAUUUAUUUUUAAUAUUAAAAAAUCGUACUUUGAAACAUGCUAAAACAACUUCUGAUAAAUAACAUCUGGAUUUGUCGUUAUCUUUGAAGCCUCAUUCAUUUUAGAUAUACUCAAGACCUAGGAAAGCUUUUUGUAUGUUGUUUUUACAGUUGUAUUUUUUGCAGCAUCUCCCAGUUUCAUUCACUCUUGCUUUAUGGAUUUUUAAAAAAUCGGCGUAUUUCUUGUACAUAUGCAUGCAAAUGAAAGAAGGGAGGUUGUAUUGGUGCCAUUUCUCCCUUCAGUUACUGGUUAAUGGGAUUUGCUAGAAUAAAUUCCCCUGAUUGAAGGGUCAAGCUAAGCCCUUUUGUGUAUAUCUGUACAGAGAUGUGUAUAUGGGAUGUGGUGGCACUUUGCUGAAUGUGAACUUGCCUUGUCGAUGGAAAGAUUGAGAAGUAUUAUGUUUAUUUAUACAUUUGUAUAAAUCUAUAUAUACACGUAUGUAUAUGUGUGUGUAUAGAUAAAUCUAUAUACAUAUAUUUCCCUAAAAGAAAAAAAGUGUGUGUGUAACAGAUAAACAGCCUUUGUUAAGCAAGAUUAUACAUCUUUGGAGAAUUGUGGAUUAUUCUAUAAGCAAGAAGAGGGACAGUCUAGCGUAAUCAUCAGAGCGUACAAAGAUGGAAGUCCUAAGGAUUAUAGUCUUGUUUAUGAAUUCCUCUUAGAACUGUUCUUACUUGCCAAUCCCACUAUUCUUCAUUUUCAUUGACUUCUAAGUCAGUCUCUCACCACUUAAAAAUCACACUACUUUGUGUUUUUUUCUCCUUUAUUAGGUCCUUUUCGCCAGAAUCAUUUGGCCUAACCAUAUUUCAUUAACACUUCACUUGUCUCUGAAAUUUCCCGGAAGACACAAAUUUUGGCAAUACUUUCUAUGGUAAUUUUGAAAAUUGGGCAUCAUUUGUCUCAAAAACAACCAACCAAUACACAAAAGACCAACAUUCAAACAGAACUACUUUGAAAGUUUUACCUAGUUAAUUUGGGGAUGUUUUACUUAAAUUGAAAAAACAUAAUUGUGCUUUUAUGAUUGACAUUAGUAUUAUAUUUAUUUUUUCAUUUAUUGUCACUAAUUUGUCAUUUUAAAAUUUUGUUUUACUUUGUGAUUUGAUCAUACUUUUACCAUUUUCAUUUUAAUGGAAAGCCUCUUGAAUUCUAUAACUCAUUUUCUUCAUGAUGAAACUGCUUUAAUGAAUUCUGCUAUAUUUCCUUUUGACUUUUCUCACAUUUGUGACAUUCUGUUUUAACUUUGCUGCAGCUCUCUAGAAAACUUGCAUCCCUAUAUAUUGUGCCUUUAAAGCUUUUAUGCACACACAGACAGAAGUGUAUAUAUACAUGUUGGAGCAUGUGUACAUAUACUUUCCUGUAUACUCACACAGUAUGUCUCUAGUAUAUAUUGUGUGAGUGAAUAUAUAGAUACUCAAAGGCAAUGAAAUGUUGCUCUCUAGAUAUAUAUGUAUAUAAAUAGUGUUGAUAUAUUGUAUAUACACAUGUAUAUGUAUGAGUUUUAAAUGGCAAUCUUUUACAUUUAGCAAAAUGCUACCCCUACUGGAAUAUUGUCCCUGCGAUAGCAGUUGUAUGUAAUGAUUUAAAAUACAUUAUCAAAAGUUAUUUAAAGAACAUUUAGAAGUCUCAUCUAAAGAGGUCCACACAUUAUUUAUUUCUCCUCCUUUUCCUUUUAUUGUUAUUAUUUUUUUUUAACUGAAAGGGAGACUGUCAUUUUAAAAACGCCACCUAUCCCAGGAGAGGAAGAGAACUGGAGACUCACUUGAGGCCCCUCACGUGUCUUCCUCUCUCUGGAAUGGAGACACACCACAAACCAGCCUGUUUAUUUCAGUUAUAAAGCAACCCUAACAUUUCCAUUACCGUAUGUCAUCCACCAUCUCCCAGAUCAACUUAAUUCACCAAUUUGCCUCUUCCUUUCGUUAAUAAUUAAUGAUCAUUGAGAUCAUUUUGCCUGGGGGAAGUUAACUACUCUCUAGCUGCAGGGAAAUUUAUCACCUACUUGUUAUUCUGCCUUGUUCAAAAUUCAACUUUGAGAAAAGACAGCUCUCUCAUGAAGCUAUCUUAAGCAGGUUUUACAUUUAUUUAGUCAAAGGUCUUCCCAGACAUUUUUUUUUUUUUUAAGAACUCCAAGUCUGCAUGUACCCGACCUAGAUUUAAUUCUUACUCCCCACAGCUUCAGGUAUUUUUCCUUAGUAUAUCAAUUUGACAUGCUGAAUGGAAGAAUACUAAGAAAAAACUGUUAAGUAUUUUAUUUUAUGAUGAGUUGGUAGCAGAUUCCAUUUCAAGACCUUCUAGAGAGAGGAGUGUAGAUGGACAAUCCUAAAUUGUAAGAUGUUAACAAAAAACAGAUGGAGUAAGAAUACCCCUGAAGACACAAAUAGAGAAGUUGGGGUUUGAGGGAUUUCACAGAGUAGCUUAGCUAAAACUUGAUAUCAGAAGCAGCCUUUAACAGAAGCCUCUUGGCAGUUGUAUGGUACUAACCAGAGUACUGAAGUGCACGCUGAAACCAAGUUGCAGUGGGAAAUCAAAGGUGAGGUAACAGAUUCAAAACCAGUAAAACAACAGGUUGCACAGUUUUGAAAUCUCUUCUAACAAAGUAGCUGCAUGGUAGCAAGGACGAGCCGUCCUCAAAGCCCUUCCUUCUCAGUGUUCUCCUUCACCUUGGCACACAAGUAUGUUCAACAGGCCAUACAUUAGAAUAUAUACACACAAAAAAUUCAAAGCUGCUUAAAGGGAACUUACAAACUGAGACUCUUCUCUAUGUUAAUAGUGGCUAGAAGCUUAGUUAUAUGCACAAAAGCUAGAAGCCACUUGUUUCUACACAGAUUGUAGGAGCAAGAUGAGAUUGGCAGGUUUAGGGACAGGGCCCCCAGUUCUGAGGAAAGGCGUAUCCAUGGUAUUGGGUGUGCUAUUGCUGGUGGGGAGACCACAUUUGGGGAAAUGAUGGGCUUUGGUUUGUAAUUUCCCUUUAAACAAGAAGAGAUGGCUCACAUUUUCCAUGUAUAUCUCAAUGAAUGUACUGUAUUACCAUUUUAAAAAUUUGAUGAAAUAAUAAUGGAUUGGUCUCCUUUUGUUUUCUGGUCCUUGUUUAAUUUGUUUAAGGGUUUUUGUAUACAAAAGUUUACAUUUUUAUGUAUAUUUUUCUUGUGUAAAAACUGAUGUAAUAUGUGUAUAAAACACUGUAUGUAUUAUCUGUAUAUAGUGUGACAAAAUGAUUUUUCUUUCUUUCUUUUGGAUGUAUUAAUAAAUCUUGCUGUGAAGUA